AUGCCCGCGGCCGGGGCGCGGCGCGGCGCGGGGGCUCCCCAGCUGCUCGUGGCGCUGCUGCUGGUGCAUCUCCCGCAGGUCCGUCCCCACCGAGCCACGGGGCCCCGGUUUUUAAUAAGCGACCGUGACAGAGAUCCUCAAUGUAACCUCCACUGCUCCAGGUCCCAGGCUAAACCCCUCUGUGCCUCGGAUGGCAGAACUUAUGAGUCAAUGUGUGACUACCAACGAGCCAAAUGCAGGGAAUCGAGCCUGAGUGUAGCACAUCGAGGUAGAUGCAAAGAUGCUGGUCAAAGCAAGUGCCGUUUAGAGAGAACUCAGGCGCUGGAGCAGGCAAAGAAGCCCCAGGAAGCGGUCUUCAUUCCAGAAUGCAAUGAGGAUGGAUCAUUCACUCAAGUGCAGUGCCAUACCUAUACUGGAUACUGCUGGUGUGUCACACCCGAUGGCAAACCCAUCAGUGGCUCUUCUGUACAGAACAAAACUCCUGUAUGUUCAGGUUCAGUAACUGAUAAGCCUUCAGGCCAGGGUAAUUCAGGAAGGAAAGAUGAUGGUUUGAAGCCAACACCCACCAUGGAGACCCAGCCUGUUUUUGACGGGGAAGAAAUCACAGCUCCCACACUUUGGAUUAAGCACUUGGUCAUUAAAGAUUCCAAACUGAAUAGCUCCAGCAUGAGAAACUCAGAGAAAGUUCACUCAUGUGACCAGGAGAGACAGAGUGCCCUGGAAGAGGCCAGGCAGAACCCCCGUGAGGGCAUCGUCAUCCCCGAGUGUGCUCCUGGAGGGCUGUACAAACCAGUGCAGUGUCACCAAUCCACUGGGUAUUGCUGGUGUGUUCUGGUGGAUACCGGGCGCCCCCUGCCUGGCACAUCUACCCGCUAUGAAACCCCAGUGUGUGAAAGUGAUGCCAGAUCAAAGAGCACAGAGGCUGAUGACCCAUUUAAGGACAGGGAGCUUCCAGGCUGUCCAGAAGGAAAGAAAGUAGAAUUUAUUACCAGCUUACUGGAUGCGCUCACUACAGACAUGGUACAGGCCAUUAACUCAGCAGCACCUGCUGGGGGUGGAAGGUUCUCCGAGCCAGACCCCAGCCACACACUAGAGGAGCGAGUGGUGCAUUGGUACUUCAGCCAGCUGGACAACAACAGCAGCAAUGACAUCAACAAGCGGGAGUUGAAGCCUUUCAAGCGUUAUGUGAAAAAGAAAGCCAAACCCAAGAAAUGUGCUCGACGCUUCACCGACUACUGUGACCUCAACAAGGACAAAUCUAUUUCACUGCAAGAGCUGAAGGGGUGUUUGGGAGUCAGCAAGGAAGGAGGCAGCAAUAGCAAUUUCCCCCAGGGAAAAAUACAAGGCCUUAAUCCUUUCAUAGGACGCCUGGUCUAGGAGGAGAUCUGAAUGCAGGGUCCAACCCAAAGGAAGGACAGCUGGACGGACAGACACCCUGCUGCUUGUGAGCACAUGGGCAGCAAUAUCCACCGUAGCAGAAGUGGCACCCAGAACGUUUGCACUUUUUUUUUUUUAAAUACUUGGUUUGGUUUUUGAUUUAUUGUUAAUGCCAUUAUCUAAUACUCUGCAGGGGAGGGGGCAGGAAGAGCAUGACUUUUUUUUUCUUUUUUUUAAUUGGAAUAGCUACUGACGUUUGCUGGGACUUGAGAAAGAGAUUUUUAUAUACUGUAUAUAAAUAUAUAUGUAAAUUGUACAAUUGUCUUGUACAGGGGUUGGAGUCACUGUUCUGUUCCUUCCUUUGAUUUCUAAGGCUAUUCAGGUUAGCGUAAAGGAACACAUUGCAUUACUGGAUUCCAACAAGGCAUUGAUUUCAGCGACUGAUCCAUCUGCCAGCUGCACAUCAAUCUCUCAAGUAUCCCACUGCAUGUAGAAGUGAAUAUAUUGACCCAGCUAGUGCUCCCAAGUGUUCCUACAGAGUACUGAGUGCUUCCUGGGAAUUGCUGAAUAGCCCCAGUUCUGAUGGUUGGUGAGAGCCCUCUGUAGCUUGCAAGCAUGGGCCGCUGAGAGAGUACAGCUACAGCUUAACUGUCAGUGCAGCGAAGAAGUGUUUUUGUAUGUGAGCAUAUGUGAGGGAGAGGUUGAAACAUGAACGCCCUUAAGUGUGGAAGGGGCAGGGGAGCUGCAGGGGGAAGCCCAGCUGUGCCAUAAGGAAGAUAUGCUGCACCAAUACCAUGUCUAGGGUCACUAGGAGAACCAGCAGGCUGCCAAUGCUAGGAAAACAUACUACAGGCCCCAGUAGUGUCAGGAGAGUGGGUGGGGAGAGAAACUGUCUAUCUUCAUGUGUGCCAAAGUAACCACAAAUGUCCCGUAUAACUAUAUGAAGGACAAGAAAUCAAGUAGCUUUGCCCUGCACAGCAGGAGCAUCUGCCAGCCUAGUGACAGGCACUGGAGAGAUGAGAGUGCAUUUGUCAGAACAGAAAGAUACAGGAAGAGACCAAUCCCCAGGUGCCUCGUUAAUAUAAAUGGCAUCUCUGCCAUUUGGCUCAUUCUUUUUCUGAAGGCAUUGGUCAUUCCUGCGCAGAACCAUGGGUCCCUGUGUUUCUUCGAUGUGAAUCCAUAGCUCCCUGCCUGUUUAGUAGGGUGAUGCAUUGGCUCACAAUAACCUUAUCCCAUUUUUCUGCACCCUGCUAAUAUCGGUGUUUUAAGCUCUAAUAACACACUAUUAAAGCAGUGGCAGUGGCUCAGAUUGGCUAGACUGCUACUUUUAGAGGUUUCAAAGGGACUGCUUCAACUGGUUAUGCUUUGGCCAAGAUCUUUGUCUGCUAUUCACAGUUAGAUACAAUAGUAAAUUCUGCCGAGGGACAGGAACACCUAGACCCUCUACUGUGCAUAACAGCCAGUGGGAGCAUAGAGCUUACUAUGAAACAGUGUGUUCCUGCUUCGAGCAUCUCUGGUUUUCUUGACCCUUAGUGGGGCACAGCAAUCUCCCAUCUAUCAGACACCUAAACCUUUCUUUCACUUACUUGUAUGCACACCCUAAUCCUCAUGCUGUUCUGAUGCACUUGCCUUAGGUACCUGUUGUUUGCAUUCAGUAUUAUGGGGGACAGCUCUCUGAUGAUAGUUACCCAAGUACUUUAGCCAUUUUACCCACAAUGAGGCUUCUGAGGUGUUGCAUUUAAUUUGGUGAAGGGUGAUCCCCUCUUCCACCUACUUAUACACAGAGGGAAUCUGUAACCAACUCUCAAGCAAUUAGGAAAUGGUGAGCAGCCAUGAAUAUUGUUAAUAGGAUCUGGGUUUGAAGCCUGCCCUGGUUUAGAUCCUGUUAAAGCUAUAAUAGCAGUACCAUUUCAGUGUCCCAAAAUGGAUAUUGAUGGCAAUGCCAGGCAUUGUACCAUGGCCUUGUGGGUUACAUGCGGAACAUUGUUUCACAACAGUAUUUCGUUGCAGUGUGACAGAGGGGACUUUUAACAAACUGUGGCCAUGUUGCUUAGUUAUAUAAUUGUGUGACAUGGCAAGUCCACCUUUUCCUGGGAUGGCAGCACUUUGUGACAAUAGUGUCACAGCCGAAACAUCCCAGUGCCCCAGCACAGCAAACUUGCACCACAUUUAAACACCCAGAUGGAGCCUUCCUCACAAAUAUCACUCACUGGAUUCCAGGACUUGGGAUCUCACUGCUUGGGAGUAGGUUUGAAGCUGGUGGAAGCAUUUGGUCUAAAUUAAAAAAAACAAACCAAUUGACCCUUAACAAGUACCUUUGUGAAGUGCAAGUCUCACAGGUGUGUUGUAAAGAAAAGCUUUUGCUUUAUAAACAGUCCUACCCAUUGCUGACUUCUUUGUUGUAAGUCACCUGUAACGUAUGUCCGCUUUAUGCCUGCAAGUCUGCUUUCUGCUCAUUGCUUUUCCUUUUUUAUACAGAACCAUUUUGUGUACGGAUGUGUUAAGUGGAUUUGGUUCAGUGUAUAAUCACAGAUGUCAAUAUCCUCCCACUAAUCCUGCAGUAGGAAUGAAGAACAAGCCCAGCCUUGUAAAAACAUUGUGCUGUAUCUUGAGGAAUGAUGGGCUGGCUGGUGUUGUCAUUUAGUACUAUAUCCAGCAAGGGCCAAAGAUUGAUGCUAGGGCUAUAGGAUACUCUCAUGCAAUUGCAGGGAGCAGGAUGUGCCCAGCAAAAGGGGUGAGGUUCUCAGUGUAGCCAUUGCCUGCUUGCCCAGGCAGAAAAAAAAUGGUUAAAUUGAGCCUUAGUAACUGGGACUUCUUUGCUAAAACUCAUUGGCUGCUGGGGAAUUUAAAUCAUCCAGAUUUACUGCUAUAUCAUCCCUUCUGCAGCCCUAAUACUGCAGUUGUCAGUCCUGCCUCCCUUCCUUCCAAGAGAUGCUUAAGCAAUAUGUGUGCAUGUGCCCUCCACUAGCUGACAGCUUUGGGCAGCUCUUCAAAACGCCAAGUGGUUGUUGGCUAAAUGUGUCAGCAUCAGUCUCAGUUAGACCCUAACUGUAGCUUUCUGCCAGGACUGCCUCAUAGAAAGGGAACUGAGAAGUAAAUAUCCUCCCCUUCCAUAGUUGAAGAAUAGGACCUAGUACCCUGAGUUACUGUCUUCGGGGAAGGUCCCAAAAUAGUCUCUUGUAUUGCCUCUAUGGUGGAUGGUUAUGUGGGCUUGAGGCUCCUAAGUGAUUCAGGAGUUCUGGUGACUGUGUAUGUUAGAAGGUCAUACAGAAUAUUCUGGUUUUGUAGCAUAAGCCAUGGUCAUAGGGUUGUCCAACUCAAAGGUACGCAGUGGCUGAAACUCCCUAUGGAAUUAUGAUGCUAGUGACAGCAGGUUCUCCCAAGACUGAAACUAGAGGCUGUUAAUGAAGUUAGGUAGUCAUGGGAUUACAAGGAAGGCCCACUCAUGGACUAGAAAUUGGCUUAAGGUUGAGAGAAAAAAAA